AUGGCCGCCAGCGGUGCAGAUCAGUUUGUCGCCCUUUACUACAAAGUCUUUGACAGUCAGCGUGAGGUUCUAAAUCGACUCUACAGGGACAGCUCAGCGAUUCUCUGGAAUGGAAACGCAUUCGCGGGAAUAAAGCCUUUCUCUGAAUUUUACGACAAGUUGCCCAAGAGCGAACAUUCUGUCGAGUCUUACGACUGCCAUCCCUUGCCAGUACGUGGUGCGACCGGGCCGAACGCACCAUGCGGUAUCAUCCUCAACGUUACUGGCACUGUACAGUACAGCAACGAAAAGAAGAAGCGGCUCUUUUCACAGUCGUUCGUCCUGAGCCCCGAUUCGACCAAUGGCAGCUUCUAUGUCUGGUCAGAUUGUUACCGUUUCGUUUAA